AGCUGCUCGUGAGCACACAUCAGUUGAGUGAUGGAGCGACACUAACAAGAGUAGCCUACACUGACUGUAGCGAGACAGCAGAGGGAAGCUCGAGCACAUACGGGGAUUUACACUUACAUCGCUAUUCAUCACACGUUCACGAGUUUUCCAUCGAUAAAAAACAAACUGUGGUGAAAGAAACCCGUGGUCAGUUUCACCGAAGACCGUGUAAAGUACUUGCCGAAGAUGUUUUAAACUGUAAUGUCUGCGGUAUGUUCAUGAGCAUCUGUGCGGUUUCCGUUGGAUUUUGAGCGGCACAAAGACUCGUUUACUGAAUCCAUCAGUGAGGGGAAAACAUGAAGGGAAGGAUGGCAACACUUCAGCUCUGUUUCUGUGUCCUGGCACUAAAGGUGGCUAUCGGCGAGGCUUGUGCCAGUGAGCAGUUCAGACAAACAGGAGAAUGUUGUAGCAUGUGUGCUGCGGGCACUGGCUUGGUAAGCAGCUGUGGCCGUGAAGACACUAAAUGCCAACCGUGUCAAGAUGGUGUUUCCUUUUCCGACUCCGAGGGUCUUUCACCUUGCCGGUUGUGCGCCCGUUGCCCCGCAGCCAUUCCUGAAUUGGCACGUUGCACAACUACCCAGGAUACCCAGUGCGACUGUGGCGAGCAUUUCUUCCUGUGGCGGGCAGUUAACGGUACGAGCGGACUGUGUGCGUUUUGCAGUCUGUGCGGUCCUGGAAGUGGAGCGGCUCGGCCCUGUAGUCCGCUGGGAGAUACUGUAUGCGAGCGGUGCAAGCCAGGGACUUACUCAAAAGAGAAAAGUGACAGGAAACCCUGUGUGCCUUGUUCACGCUGUAGUGAAGACGAGGUGGAGCUCAGACCCUGCCAACCGGACUCUGACACCCUCUGUAUGGUAAAAGACCUCAACAUCCUGUCCCGGCCGUCUGGUUCUGAUGGUCCUCGAUGGCCGACUCUGACUGAUGAAACGGAUAACAGGAGCAGCCCGGCUCCAGGGUCCGGAUCCCCUCGACUCACACCACAGGAACAAGGAGGCAGCAAUAACAUCCUGAUCUAUGUGUCUGUACUCGCUGCAGUGGUGCUUGGUCUCCUGCUCUACGUCGCCUACAAAUGCUGGAAGUCCUGUCAACAGAAGCAAGCUCUGGUGAAGGCUCGGGUCGCAGAGCUGAAUAAUGCCGGGGAAGGAGAGAAAUUACACAGCGAUAGCGGUGUGUUCCUGGACUCUCACAGCCUGCAGGAUGGCCAGCCGAGUAAAGGCAGUAAACGGGACAGCAAACAGGACACGCGGCUUUACGUAAACCUGCCCCCACAGAGACAGGAAGAGGUAGAGCGAGUCCUCGCGGAGGGGGGCAGUCGGAGCUGGAGGCAGCUGGCCGCCACGCUUGGUUACGAACAGGACCGCGUGGAUGUCUUCGGGCGGGGCCAGGACCCCAUCCACACCCUGUUGACUGACUGGGCUCAACAGGAAGGCUCCACGCUGGGCCUUCUCUGCUCCGCCCUCACCCGCAUCGAGCGACCGGAUAUCAUCACUGUACUCACCGCGCCCACUCAAGGAGUGUCAGUGGUCUGAAAACUUAAAUCUGUUCUUAAAAGUGAAAAAGACGCUAUAUAUUUACAGAUGAGGAGUGGACUGCAAAGCCAUGCAGUAAGACUUUGAAGAUUGGAUAUUACAACAAGGCUUUUACAACAAGCUUUUUCGGAGAUGUUCCUCGCACCCCAUAAUUUCUGCUCAAGACUCCUAUAUUCAUAAACAGUUUAUGCUUCAUAUUAUCCUCUUUGUAGUGUCUCAGACACUCAUCCACGCUGAACCUUUUUAUUUCCCAGUGUUUGUGCUGUUUCUGCGGUUCAUACAUCGGCGUUCGCAAGCUUUGUGGAUCAUUGUGUGUGAGAUGUGGUUAUGUAUUUAUAUUUGAGCGCUUCUGCCAUUUGAACAAUAGUCAACACACACAACAUGUACAGUAUGAAAUGCACAGCAACAAUGGCAAUGGCAUUACAGCGUUGAAUCAUUUCCAGAUAGGAAAACCACUAAUAGAGCUAUACAAGGAAAGGGAAAGUUCAAUGAAGAUAUUUUACAUUGACAUCCAUAGUAGGAAAAACAAAUACUAUGGAAGUCAAUUGGUACUGUCAACUGUGCAUCAUUUAUAGAAAUAUCUUCUUUUGUGUUCGAUAGAAUGAAGAAACUCAUACAGGUUUGUAACAACAUGAGGAAAUGAUGGUUGUUUUAUGCCUAUAGGUCAUAUGAACUGUACCCGUGUUAACUUUGUUAUCUUUAGGAAAACAAACUACAUAGAUUAACUAGAUAAUGACCUUGAGACCAAUUAGUUAAAACUAAUUGUGUUGAAGUUCAAACUAAAAGUGAGAAAAGGUCUAAUGUGCCACUUUGUUUGCCGUUUUGUUAUUUAAUGCAUUGACAUUUAGACAUGUCUGUCAUAAGUGUUCACAUACUGCAUAUAUCCCACAAGUGCCUGGUUUGCACUUUAACCAACAAUGCAACCUAAAAGCAAAAGAAGCCCACCCAGCUUAUGCACCUCUCCGGUGCCUUUUCUUUGAUUGCUCAGGUUUGUGCUUCGCUGGUUUGUCCAACAUUGUAUGUAUUUUAAUGUAAGUUGUGUAUUUUAGGGCUGGGAGUUCUGGGUGAGACUUGAUGGUUUCUGUGCCGAGAUGCUUUUCAUGUUCGUAACAUUGAUGUUGUGCAUCUAUCACUUAUGUUUGUUCUUUUUAUUCAUGAAAUAUAGUUUAUAGUUAUCUUUGUAUUUUUAAAUAAAAUAAAUAAUACAUUGUGUGAACAAAGUCGUA